CGGGAGUGCGAUUAGGUGACGUAGAUCACUCCGAGCAGCUCAUUACUGGAUGCGAGUGGCACACGCCCUCGCACGCACCUCCCUCAGCCCACACGCGAAGCAGUUCAUCAGCAACCUACCGCCAUCUAGCCUUACACAUGGUAUACCAUACGGUGGGAUUGUCUCAUUCCGCCUACGUGUUGAUGCAAGGAGUGCAGAAGCACUUCUGCCGAAAAGGAGGUGGAGGAUUUGAGGACUGCGUUAGAUGGACUGGAAGAUGAGGAUAGCGGGUGUGAGAGUGGGCUAGUGACGUUGUCGGAUGUGAUUGAUUAUGGGCUUUGAUCGUAGACUUUGGUGUUCCAGAUAUAUAUUAUCGUAAUUGUUUUUUUUCUAUGCCUGUUGGACGAAUUUCAUUGCACGAUGUGCAGUCUCUGAAUGUAU